AUGUUACUAGUGCAAGUUUUUGCAACUGUUAUGCAGAUACUUUCAAAGAUCACAUUGGUUCAGGGCACCUUCGUAUUUGCACUCCUUGCAUAUCGUCAUGUUGUUUCUGCCAUUUGCGUUGCACCCCUUGCACUCUAUUUUGAAAGAGAGCAGAUAAAGUUCAAUUGUAAGGUUUGGUUUUGGCUCUUCGUUAGCGCAUUAGGGAUUAUUAUGGCUCAAGGAUUGUUUUAUUAUGGUCUAAGAGAUACCUCAGCUACUUACUCUGGCAACUUUCUUAAUUUGAUUCCAAUAUGCACCUUCCUUACCUCUAUCAUAUGCAGAAUAGAGAAACUAGAGCUGCAAAGUAAGUCUGGUAAAGGUAAGUGUAUUGGAACAAUUUUGUGUGUUGGGGGAGCAUUAGUUUGCAGUCUUUACAAAGGGAAGAAAUUUGAUCUUGCUCAUCAUACAAAUCACCAUCAUAUUGCUGUGGCGGCACAUGAAGCUCACAUGCUUCGGGGCACUUUCUUUUUGAUUUGCAGCUGCUUCUCAUUCACAGCUUGGUUUAUUGUGCAAGUCAAGCUGCUUAAAGUAUUUCCACUGAGAUACUGGGGAACAAUGCUAACAUGUGUUAUGGCAGCGAUCCAAUCAGCAAUAACAGGCAUAAUCAUAGAUUGUAGUAAAGAUGCUUGGAAAUUAGAGUGGAAUCUACAACUGAUCACUAUAUUUUACACCGGAGUACUGGGCACGGCUGCUACAUUUUGCAUAUUAUCUUGGGUGAUUACACUGAAAGGACCUACCUAUCCCGCAAUGUUCAAUCCACUUGCUCUUAUUUUUGUGGCCAUAUCAGAAGCUAUCUUACUUGGAGAGCCAUUAAAAGUUGGAACGUUGCUGGGCAUGGUUUUGAUCAUAGUGGGAUUGUAUUCCUUUUUGUGGGGCAAAAAGAAUGAGAAACAGUACUUGGCUCAACCAAAUGUAUCAUUUGCAGAAUGA